AUGCAAUAACUUCCAUCAUUAAUACGAUAUGAAGAAAUAUAUGAUUUAGAUGUCUAGAAAUUGGAAGAGAUAUAAAUAAGUAUUAGAUCCUAAACCACAGAUGAUGUUUAAUGGAAUAAAAAAGCUAAAAAAAUACUAGAUUUAAUAGAAGUAGAACUUAAAGAAAGAUUAGCAAUUCAAAACUUCGCAUCAAAUAUUUAAUAUCAAGAUUUUAUAUAAUAACCAAUCUAUUAGAACAAUGCUCUUUAAACUAUUUUAAACGAUAUUAAAUAGAGACCUGCAAAUUAUUUGGAUUAAUAGUUUUCUAAACCACCACUUCCCAGAUAUGAAUAACCAAAAUAAGAACAGCAACCAUAAUAAUCUAAUUAGUUAUAUUAACAGAGCUAUUAGAAAGUUUCAUAAUAGAAAUCUUGCUAAUCUGAUGCUAUGUCUUUAAGUACUGUUACUAGAAGCAGUAAUGCCAAUACUCGAUUAUAAGCUAAGAAACCCAAUUAAAUGUUAGAAAUGAUGAAGGAAGUAUUGAAAAAGACAGAGGUUACAAAUUAAUAAUUUAUUAUUGGUGCUGCUAUCAAUCAUAGAUAUGUACCACCACCUCCUAAGCCUUAGUUAUCAACUGUUGAAAAAAUUAAACAAGAAAAAUUAUUAAGGAAAAAGAAAAAGAAAAAAACUAAAUUUGAAAAUAAUAAAUAUACUUAAGAUCAUUUACAUUUACCUGAUAUUAAUUAGUAAAAGACCAUCCCUAAAUAAUCAACAUAAUAGAAGAUGGAGGCUUCAAAUUUAUAUUCAUAAACCCCAAAUAUAUUUAAAAAUUAAAUAGAUAAUAAAAUUUCAAAUUAGAAUGACCAAGUAGACAAAGCAAAUCAAUAAAUUAUUGAAAAUAAUCAAAAAUAAUAAUUAAAUAAUAAUUCUUAAGUGUCCUUAAAAUAAAUUUCAAUUAAUAACUAAUAAAUUGAUUCACAAGAUAAAAGUAACUUAAUUGAAGACCAUAAUAAAAUGGGGAAAUAAUCAAAUAAAUCUGAUAUUAUUAUUGAAUAAUUUUAGGUAAAUCAAAAUACAAAAUUAGAUAUUGAUUUGAAAGAAUCUAAAGAAUUAUUGAAUGAAUCUGAUGCUAUGCAUAAAAUAGAUAAUGUUAUUAAUGGUUAAUCAUAAAAAAUACUCUAAAUUUCUAAGAAUUAAUCUUAGGAAAGAAUAAAGGAUUAAUAAAACAAAUAAUCAUCAUAACCUAUUUAGAUUUAAUUGGCUAAUACAACAUAGCCUUGUAUUUAAACUAAUUUUUCAGAAUCAAGCAAAAAUAAUUAAGCAUAAACUAAAGAAAUAACUACAUAUAAAAGACCCAGUAUUUAAUUACAAUAAACUUAGAAGAGUUAAGAAAACUUAGAUGCUUUUAUUAAUAUCCAAAAAUAAACACCAAAUUAAAUUUAAUCCUAAAAUAAAUUAGAAUAGGAAAAAAAUACCUAACAAUUAGAAAAGAAAUUCGAUAAAAAUUCAGAGGUUGAAAUUAAGAAUAAUGAAGAUUCUUAGGAUUAUUAUAAUGAAGAUAGUUUUUAAUCAGAUGAUGAAAUAAAGUAAAUAGAUGAAGACAAAAUAAUUUUAAAUAAAAAUUCAAAUAAUAAUUAAUAAGUUAUCAUCUCUGAACCUUAAGAAAAGAUGACUAACCCUUAAUAAUAAUAAAUUUAAAAAAAACCUAUAAAACAAGUUGAUUCAAUUUAAUAAAAAGAUAAAAAAUUAAAUAAAAAAAUACAAAAUCCUCAAAAAUAAUAAAUUUAAAAUAUGCCUACGAAUCAACUUAAUCAUUAGGUUGUAGAGUAGAUAAAGGAAGAUGAAGGUAAUAAUAUUAAUGUUAUUUAGAAAUAAUUGAGGACUUUAUUGAAGUAGAAAGUGAUAAUGAGGUUGUUGUGCCAAUUAAACAUAAACCUCUUAAAGAAUUGGUUGGAAAAGUUAUAGGGAGAGUUGAUUAACCUAAACAUAAAGGUGUGAUUGAAAUUAAGUAAAAGCCAGUAUAAACUGAUUAAGAAAAAUUAGAGGAAAUAAAUAAUAUUUGUAAAUAGAUGGGUUUAGAUGAUUUCAAAGAUAAAUAGUAAUAAUAAUAAUAAUAAUAAUAAUAAUAGCCUAUAUAGUAAUAAUAUUAAUAGCCUAUUUAGUAAUAAUAAUAGCUUAAUUAGUAAUAAUAAUUAUAAUAAAAAACUGUUUUAAAAUAAUAAUAAGAUAAUAAAACUAAAAAUAUUUAAUCAAAAUAAAUUUAAAGAAUGCUUAAAUUUAUUGAUGAUAAAAAAUUAGAAGAUUAUUCAGAUUUAGUUCCUACAUUUUAAAAUUUAUUUAGUGGGUUCUUUAAUAAUUAAUCUCAUUAUAAUCAUUUAGAGGUUAUGAAAGAGAUUCACGGUGUGUUUAGUCAACAUAUUGAAAAAGUUGACAAUGUUGAUUCCCUCUUAGGCAAGUACAAGUCUAGUUCCUUAGUAAUAAAUCCAAAUGAAUUAGUUUAUAUUAAUGAUCCGUAACGAUUGAUUUAAUAUUCAACUACAACUGGGGUUGACAUAUAAUAGUAUAUUUAAAGACAAAUGGUUUUUAAUAAGCGACUUUAAAAUGAUGGUACACAAUCAGGAAAAGAUGAAAGAUAUUUUAGAGUAGUGAAGACAAAAGAAGAGGUAUAUGGUAUACAAAUUUGAUAAUAUAGAUAUAAUUACUAGAUCUUUUAUGAGAAAACAAGGAUGGAGUGAAUUACCGCAUGGCAUAGGUCUCCGAACGUCUUGGAAUAUAUUGUGGACCUGGUCCAAACCAUAGAUAGACUUGAAUAAAUUAUUCUAUUUUUAGAAAGUAAACCAUUUUCCAUUCAAUAAAAAUCUUGGAAGGAAAGAUCUAUUAAAAAAGAAUAUAGAAAGAUAUUAAAAAUAAGGAGGAAAGGCAUAUUAAAUUUUUGAUAUUAUACCUGCUACUUAUCUAUUGCCUAAAGAAUAUGUUUAGUUUAUGGAGAAGUUUUAUAAAGAUUCUGAAACAGAGGGAUAAUAAAAUAUAUGGAUUAUGAAACCAACUGGAAAAUCAAGAGGAAGAGGAAUAACAGUUUUAAAUGAUAUAUCUGAAGUAAUGUAUGCUGAACCUGUAGUAUUAUAAAAAUAUUUGAAAAACCCUCUUUUAUUAAAUGGACGUAAAUUUGAUAUGAGAAUUUAUGUAUUAGUUACGUCAUUUAACCCAUUAGAAGUAUUUUUAUAUAAGGAAGGGUUUGCUCGUUUAACAACUUAAUAAUAUAAUUUAGAAAUUAACGAUCUUAAAAAUUAAUUAAUCCAUCUUACUAAUUUUGCAGUUUAAAAGACACAUGUUUAAAUUUAAGAUUUAGAAUAAUAAUUGGGAGGUUGUAAGAUUUCACUCAAGUAAUUGAGAGAGAAAUUAGAAACAAAAAAUAUUAAUUGGAAUCAAAUUUGGGAAUAGGUUUAAGAUAUUAUAUUAAAAUCAUUAGUAGCUUGUUAAAUAGAAAUACCAAAUAAUCCUAAUAGUUUUGAAUUGUUUGGUUAUGAUAUAAUUAUAGAUACUAAUCUAAAAUGUUGGCUUUUGGAAGUAAAUGCUUCACCAUCAUUAGAGAGAGAUUAUUUAUUAGAUGAAUUAAUUAAAUAAUAAUUGAUUGAUGAUAUUUUUGACUUACUUGAUUCUCCAAAAUAUGAUAGAUAAAGAUUAUGUGAAGUCUUAGAAAGACGAAUAUAAGAAGAACAAAGUAAUAAACCACAAAAUAAUAAUAAAUUAUAAUUACAAAGAGAUCUUAAUUAUAUUUUAAAUGGUUAACAUAUUAGAAGAUAUGGAGAAAUGCCAAAUCAAAUGGGUGGCUUCAUGAGAUUGGCUCCAUCAGAAAAGUAUGAAAAACUUUAAUCUGUUGUACAUAAUCAUAAAAUGAUUAAUGGUAGAGGGACUAUUGAUUGA